UGUUUUGUGUGGGAGACCAAGCCAAAGCCAAAGGGGAAAGAACACGUCAGUUUGCAAUCGCGAAGUGUCUGCAGGUAUUUAUAGUCAAAAGCGAAUUUAAAUUCUGUUCACCUCUUCUAUUCACUUAAUAUUGAAUUGCGCAUUCGUUAGUGACAUAACUUAAUAAAGCUGUUUAUUUUCUAGAAUCUACUCGGAUUAAAUUUUCAAACAAUGAAGUCCGAACUGCUCUCAUCAUUUUUCGUGGUAUUCAUAGUAUUUUCACCAGCUGUUGUAAUCUGCGAAGAAGACUUCUAUGAGGUGCUUGGUGUGAACCGAAAUGCUAGUGAUAAAGAAAUAAAAUCUGCCUAUAAGAAGUUGGCAAUCAAGUACCACCCGGAUAAAAAUAAGGAGGACACUACAAAGGAAUUCCAGAAAGUCUCUGAAGCUUACGAAGCCCUGAAAGAUGAGAAGUCCAGGAAAGAAUACGAUAUGAAACGCCAAGGAGAUGUGUUUGGAGGCUUCCAUGGGGGCCAACCGUUUGAACAUGACAACUUCUUCAGGACAUUUGAAGAGUUCGUUCAUCCCUCUUUCCAUCCAAAUAAAGACAACAAUGAAGGUCAUAGGCACAAUAAUAUGAACUUUGAUUUCUUCCAGGAUAACAUGAUGUUUGAUAUGUUCGAUGAUGAGCGUUUUGGCUCCGGCAGCUCGUUUUUUGGAAACCAUUUUGGACAAGAGAAGAGAGAACACGAGCACAGCAGCAGUCAGAGGAGUGGAGCAAGAAGCUGUCGCACUGUGACCCAAAGAAUUGGAAACACCGUUACCACAUACACCGAAUGUUUUUAAACGUUUCAACCAUGCUUCUAGCUGAAAAAGCUAUAGUAAAAACGCUUCAGGGACAUUUGAAUGUUGUUAAGAGUAUUAUGUAUAAAGGCAGUAAUGCCUUUUGGAAUUUUAUCUGUGAUUUUGUGCUAGAUGCACUGCUGCUAUAUUUAGUAGAACUGAAGUGAAUAACUUUAUUUUGUCUUGAAAUAUAUACUACAGUACAUCUUUUAAAUGUGUAAAUUCCCACCUUGAUGUACAUUCAGUCUCGUUGGUUAGUGCUGGGACUCCAGUUAGGAGUACCUAAUCCUUUUAAUUUAUUAUUUUGUUAAAUAUUCUAUCUUUAGCUUAUUUUGUGAUACCUAAAGUUCAUAACUCUUUGCUUUUGUAGAUAAUGACAUUUUCGUCUUUGAUUUAGUUACGAAUAGUUCACAUUGAGUCAUUUUCAUCCGCUAUUAUAUUAGUAUUUUAUCACUGAAAAUUAUUUUACCUUAUUCGACCUUUGUCAAUCUUUUCUGCCCACUACAAGUGAAAUUUGUCGAUUAACUGAUGAAAGUGUUCCAAGUACAGUAAGAAUUGUAUGUUUUAUUUCUUCAAUUUUUGAUAAAUGAAGCAUUAUUUGGUUGUUGAAUCGUGGUGGUUUUUCAAAUGCCUGAUUAGAAAUAUUGACGACAUUCGUAGAGUAUCUAUAAAGGUUGAUCGUUGUUGGAAAAGCAAGCGGACCUCUGAGUGGAUUCAUAUUCAAUAGUAACAGACAAUUAUAGUCACCAGUCAAUAAUCUUUAUUACCGUUACAAAUUCUGCAACAACAGUAAUGUAUUCAUCCACGAAAUUGCUGAAUCAUAAAGAACAUUUUUAAAUGAUCAGGUAAUACCUAUCAUAUUGAAAUUUGCUCAUUCUAUAAUGAAUAUUUUGUGAAUUCCAUAUCACAUGGAAUAAUAAUUUUGGUUCAUUCUGUUCAUAUUUUUUCUUACAUGUUUCAAUCACUGUUGAAAUAUUAAUUACAAACCAUUAUAACUUCAUUUCAGUGAUAAAUUAUUUCAGUUUUACUCUGAUUUCAUUAAUAUACGUUUCAUUGUACAGUUUGUCAUGUGAAAUUAUUGAUGUAAUAAAUUUUGUUUUGUAAUCAA